GGCGCGCGAGCGCGCGAGCGGUGCACGCGCAGCACGGGGGCGCGCGCAGCACGGGGGCGCGCGCGCGAGCGGUGCACGCGCAGCACGGGGGCGCGCGCGCGAGAGAGCCGCGCGAGCUCCGCUCCGUUCCCGCCUUUUUCUCCUCGCGGCGGCGAUGCAACCCGCCGAGUACAAAGAACCCCGUGGCAGCAUCAGCAGCCGCACGAGAAGCUGACGAGGCAUUGUACACACGUCGAGGAAGUCGUUUGCUCGGUGCAAGCAGCCUCCUUUGCCUCGCAUAACUAUAGCAGACGCAACAAACACCACACGCAAUAGCGGCGGGCGCGAACGUCGUAAGCACCCCGUUAUUCGCGACACCGGACACGCCGAGAGACUUUAUCAUCGUCACCAACGUCGCGUUAAAGACUGGGACAGCCCGCUCUCAAGUUGUGUCGCGGUGGUGCUGGAGGUGCUGCAGGAGGAGGAGGAGAUGAGUGUUCGCCAUGCGCAUGCGGACGAACCUCGUGACGGCAGGCGCCGUCUCGCUGCUCGGGCUGCUGCUGCUCGCCCGGGACCCGGGGGGCGCGGGGGGCCCUGGGGGCGCGAGGCGCCCGGGGGGCCCGGGGGGCUCAAGGUGGCGGGGCAAGGGGCCCGGGGCGGCGGCCAGGCGAGACAUGAGGGGCCUCCAGAGAGUCCGUGUUGGCAACAUGAGUGUGAGUGGUGAGAGCAGUCACUGGCCCGUGGAAGGAGCGCAAGGGUGGCGCUUCAACCUGUCCCUCGCCAUGCACAUACGCAAGGAUGUGCUCAAGUUCCUGGACGCGGAUCGCGACGUGUCAAUUCUGCGGGCCCAGGUACAGCCAGGCGACCUGGUGCACUAUAUCUUCGACCGCGGGCGCACCACUAACGUGUCGCACAGCCUGCAUGCCCUGCUGCCCACGGCGCCGCCACUCAGGGGUGGUCGCUAUGGCUCCUGUGCCGUCGUUGGAAACUCUGGCAUCCUUGAGGGCAGCGCGUGCGGCGAGGAGAUUGACCAACACGACUUUGUCAUCCGCUGUAACCUGGCACCAGUGGAGGGCUACGAGCGUGACGUCGGCUCGCGCGUCGACUUCGUCACCAUGAACCCGUCGGUGGUGGAGCGCACGUACGGCGGCCUGCGCACGCAGGCCGACCACGACCGCUUUGGCCGUCGCCUGCGCGCCCUCAACGGCAGCGUCCUCUGGAUCCCGGCGUUCAUGGCCAAAGGUGGAGAGCGACACGUGGAGAGCGUCAACAACCUGCUGCUGACCUUGGGCCUCCCUCUUCGAGCCGCCUUCCCCAGCCUCAGGCUGAUGCACGCUGUGCGGGGUUACUGGCUGACCAACAAGGUGUACAUCAAAAGACCCACGACCGGCCUGCUCAUGUACACACUGGCCACCCGCUUCUGUCGCGAGAUCCACCUCUAUGGCUUCUGGCCCUUCCAGUACAACAUCGCUGGCCAACCCGUGCGCUACCACUACUAUGAGGGCCUUCGGUACCGCUACCGGUCGCGUGCCGGCCCACACGCCAUGCCGCUCGAGUAUCGAACGCUGCACCGCCUCCACUCUCUCGGUGCCCUCAAGUUGACUACAGGGAAGUGUACUGGUCGUUGAUCAGCGUGAUGUGUAGGAGCGACCCAAAGCACGGGGAGAGAGAAUUGCACGUGAGGAUCAUCAAAGGCCCCUCGUCAUCACAAGGUGCUAGUCUGCACCUCUGAUGAGCACGGUUGGCUGCGUACGGUGCGGAAGAAGUUCAACAUGAAUACAUCAGUAUACAUUGGUGUUAAAUCAUCACUGCACAUUUCUUAUUAAGUGGAAGGUGCACUCUUUUGAGGGUCUGUCAUACAGUGUUUUGUGGAAGUGUGUUACAAGUGGUGCAGAGGUGAGUGGUGCCGUAAUAAGCAAAAUGCAGGUAAAAGAACUGAUGAAAAUAAGAUAUCAGCACGUCUUUUCCAAGCGGAAAAAGUGAGAGCCACAAAGAGGUUUUGUGACUGCUGGCUGCUUAACAGAGAGGAAGUGUAGAUGUGGACCUGAAAAUAAUUGACUUCCCAGAUGAGCACCGUAUGGAUUCACAAACACGCGGUGUCAGCUUGAACCUCCAGCCCGGUCAGUGUGCUGGCAUCAGGGGACAGAAGCCAUAUUAUACAUUGGGAGUUGUUACUCUGCACGUGAGAGGUGAUCUUCGAGUGAAUACUUACUCAUUGUCUUUGACUAGGAAGCAUAUCUGUAAAUCCUGGAAAAAUAUCCAGAAUGUACAAGAACAUUUGUUUUCAAAUUCAGCUCACAAUGAGUGCCAGUGGGUCACACACAUCAAUCGCUUUUACUACUUAGCUCAGCAGUUUAUUUCAGGCCCCUUAAAGCUUGUGCAGAACUAGCGGGUGCCUUUGUGUGCUGUGUAUAGCGUCGCCCACCUUGCCCUGCCGAGGGGUGUGCUCUACCAAGCCACGCACACAGACAUCGAUGUGUAUGGGGUUCCUGGGGAGGGAGUGCGGCUUGCCGUGACGGGAAUAUGUGGAGAAAUAAUGAUGCUCCUUGUGUUUGGGGUUGAAGGAAAUGGUUUUUGGUUUUACCUUCGUACACAUUUCACGUGUUCCUUCCUCGUGUGAUUUUGUAAAGUGUGCACUCACAAACGGUAAUCUCGAAUAGUGAACACGGAUUUUUUUUUUAGAUAAGUGCUAAUCUCUGUCCUGUGCUGCAAAGAUGACGAGAUUGUGCAUUAUGUAUUUAUUUGGGGACAAAACCUUUUAGUUUUUUUACAUUUCAGCCCAAACACAUUGACCACUGCUUAGCAAUGGAAACACUUUUUACACCAAAUAACACCAAUACAGUGACAUUACUCUUAGUAAGUAACAACUUUAUGUUUUGGAAGGCAGUAAUAACAUUGAAUAUAGAGUAAUAACAUUGUUAUUACUCUAUAUUCAUUUGAUAGCUUAAUUUAAGUUGGGUACCUUAUUCUAUCAGUGUGCUCAGGCUAUUUUACCUUAUAAAAACAAAGAAGAAGUUUUUUUUGUGAGUGAAUUUUCACUGUGGUUGGUAAGAUGAUUCAGUCAACAUUUUUAUCCAGCAUUUGGUUAUUUGACUAACGACUAACAGCAAUCUUUGUUUUUGCUUUCAUUGUAGAAGUAAACUUUUCUGCAAUUUUACCAAAAUGUUAGCCAUCCAAUUACAGGGUCAUUUUUAAAAUGCGGUGUAUGCGUGUGGUCUCCCUUCUUUACCAAGUGAUAAUACGUUUGUAUAUAUUAUGUACUGCCUUCAUGAGAAGACAAGUACAAGCCACUCGUCUUAAUAAGAUGUCACUUGUGUAGAUGGGGGCACAGAGGUUGGGUCGAGCGCAUGGCGCUGCAUUCAGCACAAUGGCGUUAUCAAACAGGGUUGGCAAUGCAUGGUGCACUUGGCCACUGGGAUUUCGAUACGAAAAAGGUUUUCCUCUGCUGCCCCCCAUAGUCUAGAACUCCCCUUUCCUCAGCGGUCCGUGGUCUCAACCCCAUAUCCCCUGUUCAAGUCCAGGCUCAAGACCUUUUUUUGCCUCUGCCUACGACUGACAGUUUCAAACAAUUAAUAUGCUCACUGUUCCGUAUACUGUCUUGAGAUAUGGUCGCAUUUAAAUGCUAUAUAAUAAAUUCAAAGUGUGUUGUAUUGUAAAACAAGGUAAAAGCCACUUGUUGCUUUUAAAGCUCUUGCUGGAAAUAUGUACGUGUUUGAAGACUGACCGGGUAGCAGUAGACAUUGGUAGUGUUUAGUUUUUUUGUACUGUGAAAAUGAGUAGACGCUCGUGUCCCUGUUUUUUCAUAUGAGCCUGUCGUGCAGGCAGCUCCACUGUUAGUCCGAGCAACAAAGCUGCAACUGCAAUCAACCUCAGGUGCAGUAUCCCCUUGACUGGGUGUGUAUGAGGACCAUUGUUGAAUGGAUUGUAAGCUUAGAGGAAAUUCUCUGUUAUGUCUAUCAUGCAGGAACACACUGUGUGGAUAGAUUCCCUGUAACAUCAAAAGAGCAACAGGAUAUGUUUUAUUACAAUAGAAAGUACACCAUGUCUUCACGGAUCAGUGAGCGCGAGCUAAACUGGCAUUGUCACCUGCUGCAAGUCUGCCUUGAGCCGUGCUCAUGAGCCGUCUUGCUGCCGGCGGUGCAUGAUGUUCCCUGCUAACACCCCUCACCGUUUUACGAUUGCCUCUUUUGGGGGAACUCAAAUGUAGAGCCCUUGCCGGGGAGGCUAAGGCCUGCACCAGUCGUGGUUCAAUACAACGCAGAGACUGGGGGGUGUCUGCAGAGACACUGAUGAAUUGAACCACGACAGUGCAACAUCUCUUAGAAAUAAGAGGAAGAACUGUAUCUGAUAUCCGUAAAAACACUACCUAAACAAAGGUAGCUUGAUAUUACUUAGGGUGGGUUUGAAGUGCCACUAAUGAGAAGUAGACAUUUAAAUGAUGGUCUCGUGCAGUAGUUCCCAACCUGCGGUCAGUGGUCUGCAAGGCCUGGGGAAGUGGUCCGUGUGGACCUGCUGCAGAUGUUACAACUUUUUUCACAAAACACCAUAUUUUUUAAAUCUUGACUUAGAGCUUUCGUGACUGCAGGAAUUCAUAUUCUUAUUUUCUACUGCGUGGUGGUCUGCAAAAACGCUUUGAGUGUUGAAAGUUUUCCGCUAGUCCAUGAAGCUUGAGAACCACUGGUCAGGCGUUUUGUUUAUUGCACUCUCGUGAUGUCGCAUCAUCAGUGUUGGGAUAUCACCAAGGCGCUGUGGCAGUGUGCAUGAUCGUAGCGUUUAAGCCUUUUUUCCCUCAGUAAUGCAGCUUAUAAUUGUGUCAGAGGUUAAUGUAAUUCUUGUUCAGGCGAAAAGGCAGUUCCUGACCAUGUUCUGUGGAAAAAUACUGGCAAAUUGAGACUUAAAAUUAUUUUACAGAUUUUAUUCCAAAAACUGGGGCAACUGCUUUUAUCCUCAAAACAUUCAUUGGUCCUAAUGUUUUUGUUGAAUAUUAUUGUUUUCGCAUUGGCUUGUCUUCUUAGACAGUUUAUUUCAUCUCAUUUGAAUAUUUUUUUAAUUCCAAAAUGAAUCGGUGAAAAAAAUUGGCCUCUUUUGAUGUAUUCACUGUUUUUAGAGGUCAUGGAUUUUAAAAUCCAACCUUUGUAGCAACUAGCCUUUGAACAAAAGCAAAAUCUAAGAAGGGGUCCAAGCUGGUAUCGUCUGAUAUAUGGUUAAAAUUAAUUGCUUAUUUUUAAAACUGAACAUGAUGCAGAGGUUGCAGUUGAACAUCAGUUAUUAUGAAGCUGAUGGAGAGGUUGUUUUGCAUGACAAGUGAAGUACUGGCAUAAUUCCUGAUUGGUUGAAUUGCUAAAUUCAUCGAAUGUUCACAUUAUUGGUUUAAAAGGUAUAAUCAGCUGGCUUACUUCCACUCAAUAUCAAACUUGAGGUCAGUGUUUAAGUAAAUUUGCCAGAGGCAACUGGAGGUAGUGGAUGUGUACAGUCCUUGAGAAAAUCGCCACAGUACCAGAUCUCGUGAGGCCUUUCUGCCUAUUCCACAAGAGCUUUAGCUUCAGAUAUUGCCAUUUUACAAGGAGUGCCAUAUCCUACCAUGCCUCUCUCAAUACUCCCAUUAAUGCUCUGGAAGUGCACAAGUGUAGUUUGAGUUGGCGCCCGCACGAGCCAGCCAGCGAGAUAGUAUUACCUUAUCCAUUGCAUGCAGAAAAAUCAAUUAGUCUUCGUAUUUUGUAAUUGGCUUAUUUUUAUUGAAGCAAUAACCACUGCCUGCAAGCCUAAUAAUGAUGUAAAUAAUGUCAUUUAUUUCUCUGGUAAUGCCUCAUGAGGACAUUUUUCAAUUUGCUAUUUAUGCUGUUAAAACCCAAACAUCGGUGUAUAAGGGAAAGUGUAAAACCCAAUGUCAAUGUUUAUAUUGCGUAACAACCUUGCACCUGGAGGAAGUGGGGUUAUUAAUGCGCGUCUAUUUUUAACGCUCGAAGACGAACAUCACUGUUAAAAACAAAACUCGUAUGCCUUAUAGUCUGAAGACUUUUAAAAUGAUCCUGCAUUGGGAUGUUUGACCAAUUACAUUUUAAGGAGUAUUUGCUUGUGUAAGGAAACUGGAGAUACCCACGGGUAAGGGAGUUUAACAAUUCUACUUGAUAUACCAAUCUUUACUCAAAGCUUUGGAUCACAGGUGUGCCCCACCAUCCUUGAGUUGAUUUAAAUGUGCGCUUCUCCAAGUGUCCAGUUCCAUGUGCUUCACAGUUUGGCCCCACUUGUGCAUUGCACUUUUAAGGAAACUCAUCACAUAAAUCAUAGAACACAUUAUUUAAUGACAGCCUUGGUAUUUUUUUAAAUUAAUGUUCCACAUUUUAUUCGCCAAAAUAUUGCCAUUGUUUGGGUAUCAGAUUCCUGCAACGUUGCGUGUUACGGGUGCUGCUGAAGAAUGAAGCGUGUUUGCUGGAGGUGGGGUCACGGCCUGCCUUGACGGUCUUUGCCUUUAAUUUAUGUGCAAUGGUUGUCGUCAAAAACUUUAGUAUUUUGUUAACUUUUCGUAACUUUCUUUUACAGUCGACAAACCAUUGUCUCCAUAAUAAGCAGCACAACACUAGCAUGUUAACAACAAAAACAUAGUAAAUAUUGCAGAGUGGUGCGUCGCGUGUGUGAAUAGCUGCCCACUAUGCGGGCUUGGCUGGCUGCCAUGACCACCGCUGCCGUGGCUACGGCAGGUUGCCACGGACACCCAACCCCGGGCCCCCACUAACCCUGGCCUUUCGUGGCUUAAUGUGACCUUUGUUAGGUUUUCAUUUUUAAUAAUAAGGGAUCGGAGCAGUUGUUGCAGCUUUAUCCAUGUACGCUGUGGGAGAAGCUGAUACAUUUUUGGCACGUGAGAAAAAGAAAUGUUACGCAAGUGGCGUGAGGAAGUAUUCUAAGCGCCCUGCGAAGACAUUCUGUAAUUUAAGGUCAUCGUUUUUACAGGAGUUUUGAGUGGACUAAGUGUGUUUUAAUUGUCGGCGCUUUAUUUCUAAGGCUGGUGAAGUACUUGGUGUUUGUGAUGGCUUUGAAAAAUAAAUGAUUAUAAAACACG